UGGGCGCCGGCGCCGGCGGCGGCACGAUGAGCAGCACCCUGGGCAGCCCGGUCCGCGCCUACGACUUCCUGCUCAAGUUCUUGCUGGUGGGCGACAGCGACGUGGGCAAAGGCGAGAUCCUGGCGAGCCUGCAGGAUGGCGCGGCCGAGUCCCCGUACGGCCACCCGGCGGGCAUCGACUACAAGACCACCACCAUCCUGCUGGACGGGCGGCGGGUGAAGCUGCAACUCUGGGAUACAUCCGGACAGGGAAGAUUUUGUACCAUAUUCCGCUCCUACUCGCGGGGCGCACAGGGUGUGAUCCUGGUCUAUGACAUUGCAAACCGCUGGUCCUUUGAUGGCAUCGACCGGUGGAUUAAGGAGAUAGAUGAGCAUGCCCCUGGUGUCCCUAAAAUCCUGGUGGGAAACCGCCUGCAUCUGGCCUUCAAGCGGCAAGUCCCCACGGAGCAGGCCCAGGCCUACGCAGCGCGCCUGGGUGUCACCUUCUUCGAGGUCAGCCCUCUGUGCAACUUCAACAUCACCGAGUCCUUCACGGAGUUGGCCAGGACCGUGCUGCUGCGGCACGGGAUGGACCGACUCUGGAGGCCCAGCAAGGUGCUGACCCUGCAGGACCUCUGCUGCCGGGCUGUGGUGUCCUGCACACCCGUGCACCUGGUGGACAAGCUCCCGCUGCCGAUGGCCUUGAGGAGUCACCUCAAAUCCUUCUCGAUGGCCAGUGGCCUCAAUGCCAGGAUGAUGCACGGCCGCUCCUACUCUCUCACCACCAGCUCCACCCACAAGAGGAGCAGCCUCCGAAAAGUGAAGGCCACCGCCCCCCCCCAGAGCCCGCCCAAGCGCUGCCCCCGGAACAGCUGUAAAGUCUCCUGAGGGAGGCGCCGGGACACAGACACUGGCCCCUCUGGGAGAGGCUCUGAGCCGUCACAUGUGGGACGCGGGAGCCCGUUCCAGGCCCCGGAAAGCACCUGCCGGUCUCUCGUGGUGAUCGUGCCGCCCCGCGCAUUGAAAACACCCCGCACAGCUCGACGUUGGUGUUUCUACAUGGAUGUGCAUGAAGCUCUUGCUUUAGAUGUGUGUUUAUAAAGGGGGUCAGCACUCUGCUCAGCUCCUGAUAACGUGAGAUUUCAGACGUCACUUACGUCGUGGCUGCAGCACGGCCUUUGCUUAAUAGGACUGCUUUUAUAAGAACGGUGACGUGUGUCGUGAGUGCAAAUUCCAGGGACUCUGGAAAGCAACAGGGGAGAGAAAUUAGUCUUUGACCUCACAAGAGGGCCUGUUUGUAAGUCUCCUCGUCACAUCGGAGCGCGAGUUUAUGAAGUGCUGUGGAGAAUCAGAGUUGGCACGGCCACUCUGUCCGCCUCGGGUCUGACAUGGAUUUGAUAAAGUUUUUGCUAUGUUAUUUACCAUGUUUUGGGAUUAAUAAGUGAUUUAUAUGCAUAUUUUUCUGUAAAUCUACAUUUUUUUGUACAAGAUGUUCCACAAGUUACAAAGCUAAGGGAAGAAAAUGCCAAAGAUAUCUCCAGUUGUGCCAAACGGCCACAACAUAGUUACAACAGAUCCAGAUCGGCAAGGAAGAUAUCGUUCAGAGCCGUGUCGGUAAGGAAUGAAGUGGCCACCAUUAUUUAAGAAAACGUUUCCUGACAAUAAAAUGUACACUUGUUUCUUGGUA